ACUAAAGGUGAGAUUUUAAAGUGAAAAAUCCAGUUUUUGGGUCCAAAUCGUUCAGAAAAUGUCUGAUAAUGAUGUUUUAAUGCAAAAAGGUUUCUAAAAAGCAAAGAAAUUUUAUUCAAAUGCAAUUGAAUGACGAAAACGAUUCUUCAAAAUGACGAUGAAAUCGAAAUGAAAAAGGCGAAGUAAAUUGAAAAGGGUUUCAAGCGUGUGGAAGAGAAAAGGGGAGAAGAGUGAAGAACAAAAGACAAUAGUGUAAUUUUGCUUUUCUAAGAAGUCGGGUUCAAAAUAAAAUUCCUUCAAGGCUCAGAACUCAAAAGGGCCAAAUUACCAAACAAAUAUACAAAAGGGUUAAAAUGUUAGGCUAAUUCUCCUUCUUUGGUGUGGGCCUAACACAUAUACGAAAAAUGGGUUGCAAGAAGCCGUGGCUCUGAGUUCCGGUCAGUGGUCGUCAGUACAGUUGGUGUUCACCGGCGGUGAAGUCGGUAGUUUGCACAGAUUGCUCGAGCGAUUUUGUUAAGAGGCAGAAAAUCGUGCUUUCCUUCAUCUUGAAUGGGAGGGUCUUGGCACUCUCAUGGUCUUAACAGUGCUUUAGCUGGGAAAGGUGUGCUAGUGUUGGACAAGGUUUUUCAAAAUUUGAAGUCUAGUGAAUUAUUCCAGAAGGGUGCCACUGUCGCAGAAUUCCUAUCAGGGUUUCCCAUUCAUGUUAGAGGCCACACAUUUCAAGGGUCAUCAAAUAUCUCCAAGCCACAAUUCACUAAACUUUUAAAGCAGGUCACAAGUCACAUUUCUUCCAUCUCAAAUAUUUAUGUUCAUGAUGGAGCAAUUGGUCCAAGAUCAACUGGUAAUGUGAAUAUUCGGAUGAUAAGCGAUGGUCCUUCUUCUGUGUUAGCAUUUUCAAAUAUUAUCUGGGAGACUUCAUCCCGAGCAAUUUCUCAGGAUUCUUGCCCUUUGACAGUUUAUUCUGCUGAAUCUAUAAGCCCAGGGGUGAGAAAUUCAAUUGGUCUUGGAACUGAAGGAGAUAAGGGGUUCAUUGCUGCUGAUAUUGAGCAUUCAAUGCUCAUAUUAUGUGGAACUGCUUUCUCAGAUAUAAAUGGAACUAAAGAAACACUUGUUGCUUUAUCUGAACCUGUGAUAUUUGCUCGUGGAGGACUUCCUCUUCCUGGAAGGCUCCUAGCUUUUGGUGAUUCGGUGGUUUUAUUAUUGGCACCUGAAGAUAUCAUUCAAAGUUGUACUGUCUUUCUGAUAUCUAGAGAUGCUGGUGUUAUUCUUUCCUCUGAAGGUGUCGUGCCAUUUUUCCGAUUUGGGGAUACGAAUACCAAUGGCCUAAAUCUCUAUAAAUUGCCUUCUGCUAUUGUUCUUAUAACUUCUGAUGACUCUAGAACCAUUCCUUCAGCUUCAAAGCUCUCUCCUGGUCAGGCUGCGUAUCACUUUUUGGCUGGUUAUCAGAAUGGUAAAUUUGUGCCUGCAUUCCACAAUGGACCUUCAUCUAUUGACCCGUUGGAACUGGCCAAGGCCUUAAUGUUUGUGUUAAAAGAGCAGCAAAUCCCAUCCUUCCUAGUCAAUGCCAAAGGAAUAGAAAGUGCAGGAAAGGAGCUUGUCACUUUAGUGGAGUCAACCCUGUCCAUGAACAUCCCACCCUUUCAAGCUAAAGGAGGUGAAAUUAAGAGAAGGUACAAAAGCUUUCUAAGCGGAAAGUAUCAACAAUUGCCUGAAGGUUUUUCAUUCUGAAGGUUACCAAUGUAAUCCUUUCAUUUAGUUUAUUACUUGACGAUGUUUUGUUUUCAAGAGCAGUGGCAGGCUUGUGUGUAUUCAUGAAGAUCGACAAAAUUUUCCAACUAUUGUGGCUUGGCCUUUCUUUUCUUUAUUUUCAGUGUAUGGACGGACCACUGUUUUGUUUUAUUUUAUUUUAUGUUGUUAUUUGUGGCUGAGAACAAUUUCCAAACUCUAUAUAUUUGGAAAUGUUUAUUUCAAAAUAGCUAAAAAGAGAGUAUAGAGUAUAGAUUGUUAUUGGCUGUAGUUUGUUGCUUA